CAAGAACCAUCCAUCAUCAUGAUUUAAAUGCAAGUUGAGUUCACCCCUGAUCAGAUUGAAGAAUUUAAAGAAGCAUUCUCACUCUUCGACCGGACUCCCAAAUCCGAGAUGAAAAUCACAUACGCUCAAUGUGGAGACGUCUUGAGAGCUCUGGGGCAGAACCCAACCCAGGCUGAGGUCAUGAAACUGCUUGGCCGACCCAAACCAGAAGAAAUGACCUCCAAGAUGAUUGACUUUGAGACCUUCCUGCCCAUGCUCCAGCAUAUUGCCAAGACCAAAGACACAGGCACCUACGAGGACUUCGUGGAGGGUCUGCGUGUGUUUGACAAGGAGGGAAAUGGAACAGUGAUGGGGGCUGAACUCCGCCACGUUUUGGCUACGCUGGGUGAGAGGCUGACUGAAGAAGAGGUUGAUAAGCUAAUGGCUGGUCAGGAAGAUGCCAAUGGCUGUAUCAACUAUGAAGCUUUUGUGAAACACAUCAUGGCUAACUGA